AUGAUAAGAUACUUUUGUCUGCAAGUCCACAGUUGAUUGAAAGAAAGAAUAAUGUGUGCAUGUAGUUCUGUGUUUUGUGCUUUUAAAUUGUGUCUUCUUCUGUGGUUGUGUUCUACGGAGGUGAGAGGACAAUGUGAUAGACCUCCACAUGUACCUCUGGCUACCCUGUCAGAGGAGUCUGGCAGCCUGAAUGAUUUCCCAGAAGGAAUUACUGUGAUUUACGUCUGUAAUCCAGGAUACAGUCAGAGGGGCGGAUGGCCUGAAAUUAUCUGUAGUAAGAAAAGCUGGACCAGUCUGACUCUGCGCUGUGAACCCAAGUCUUGUGGGUCCCCAGGAGAAAUAGUUAAUGGACGUUAUCAUCUUCCAAAAGGUGUCCUUUUUGGGUCACAUGCUAUAGCUUCUUGUGUUGAAGGAUACGUCUUGGUGGGCAGAAAAACCAGAGAGUGCUUAGCUGGCGCCUGGAGUAGUAAUAUUCCUGUAUGUGAAAUCAUCAAAUGCCCAAGUCCUCCUGAAAUUGAGAAUGGUGAAAUCCUGUCCUUUUUCUCCGGUGAUGUUAAAUAUGGAGAUGUUAUACAGUACAAGUGCAACAAAUUCCACUUAAUUGGGGAGAAAGAAAUCUAUUGUACCAAGGAUGGGAACUACAGUGGGCCUCCUCCCAAAUGCAAAGAUAUUACAUGCAAAACUCCUACUGUACAUGAUGGCAAAAAAGUGUAUGGGCGUCUACCACCCUAUAAAUACAAAGAUAUUGUUUCUUUUACUUGCAAUUAUGGAUAUAAGCUCAUAGGAUCCAGCACUAUCACAUGUGAAGAACACGGCUGGUUGCCCAAGAUCCCUUGGUGCAUUAAAAACAAUGAAGUCACAACCACAACUCCAAGUCCAGACAAACCUUGUGAUCUAUGGUGCAGAAUUCAAAAUUUUGUGUUUUCAUGGCUAUGAAACGUGUAAAGCUAAAUCCACGGAUGGAUAAGGACAUUCAGCUUCUGCAGAGAGACAAGGGACAGAGGCUGUAUCUUAAGAACGAUUGCAGAGCACCUUACAAAGAACAAAGGAUUAACAACAUGUUUAUAUAUAACUUUUAUCAAUGCAUUCCAAAGAGGCAAAAUAAAAAAAAGUUAACUGCGGAAUAA